GUUGGCGCGAGGACGGAUUUCUGGCCGUUAAGGGAAAAGCGAGCAAGUUGUUCGAUACGGCAUGAAUAGCACCGGGCCUGUGGAUAUCGACAUGGAGAACAGAGAUCCGAAUGACAUCAACAGCUAUCUGCAGGUCGGAUACGAUGACGUCAUCGCUGAGCCGGAAGACAUUCGGAGCAUCAAUUGCGCAUGGGGGCUUUCCGCUAAGUGCUUCAACUUCGGCCAGAACUGCUGCUACAAGUUUCUGUCUCUCUUCUGCGCGCCGUGUCUGGCGCUCUGCUGGGGCUGUCAGUUCGCCUGUCUCGCCUUCGACCACAUCUGGUACUGCACGCCGAUGCUAAAGGCGUUCAAACUACAGUGCACGAUGUUGCGCCAGUUCUGGUUCACAACAGUCGACUGUUUCCUCGCACCGUGCUGUGAAGCCGUCGGCCUCAUCUUCAGCAAGAUCAAGAUAAGCCGGGAAUGACGAGGUGGCCGGAGCGGCUCCAACUCAUCUCUGAUCCAUUGCUCACUCACUGUGUGCCGAAUCUUUUCAGAUCUUACGACAGUUCUGGCUAGGGCUGAUCGACUGUCUAAUAGCUCCUGCUGUGAGACAUGUGGCCUGUGCCUCGGUAACAUCCGCAUCGUUAAGUCAGAUGACUGUAGCCCCGUCACGAGGCAGAACAAAAUAGUUCGCACAACUCAAUAGAGAAGAAUAGAACUCACGUAAAAUUUUCACUUCCAAUAUUUUUUAUACUUCCUUAGCUAGAUUACAUGUGUAGGAUCACUUAUUGAUUCUGCCUAUGCACGAAUGCUGUUAUUGAUGUGGUAGUUCUGUUUAUAGGCAAGGCUGGUAUUGCAAAUUGACAAUCUGAACUAAUAGGUUUAGACAAAUCUGUUGUUAGAUUGGCCCAUGCAGCAUGAAGACUAGACAUGUUUCAUAUGCGUAAUACAAUAUGAAGCAGCAGUUUUCAUCAGACACAUGCUUUUAUUAACCCGAUUAGGUAUUCAUUUCAUCAGUGCUUUUACUAUAUGAAUUUGGCUCACAAUCUGUCCCCCAAACGUUCAUAUUUUCUCAAUGACAGUUUUACCUUGGAACUUGUUCUUAGGAUUGUCAUCGAAUCAUUGCAUUUUUUAUGUGAUAGUGAUUCAACAUUUAUACUCGUCCGUAAAAACAGUUCUGUUAAAAAAAGAAUUACACUCACAACGUAGCGUUUCAGUAGAAAAUAUUCAGCGUUCAAGAGUUUUAAACUUGAAGCAUGACUGAACUCAGUCGCUUAUAAAGCUGUUACCUGUGAUAGUUAUAAAUGAUGUGAUGAGCAUGAUGUAAUAUAAACGCACACAUUCGCUAUUAUUUGUGUCAAGCCACAUAGGACCAUGAUCAUACCCUGAUAUUAUAUAUCACAUUAGUUAUAUGCCGUUUUUACCUAUAAUACACCAGAUUACCUCUGCAUGCUCGCAGGUGAAUCACCAUCGAAAUAUCACCACCAAUUCCAGUAGCUCAAUUAGCUUUGAUAAUUCCUUUGCUAAACCUUAUAAAUCUGCUCUGCUUGUUCUCACGAGAAUAGUGCCAUGCCUUUUGAUAUCAGCUAAUUACUAGUGCCAUAAUGCUGCUAAUACAUGAGUGGAACUUUGGGAAGUUUCCAAGUGGAAGUUUUGAAAUUGGUUUCAUGAUGACAGACACGGGUGCCUGAUUUGCCCUCAAUAAAUAUUUCUAAAAACACUGA